UCAUCAAAACCAUUGGUCACACUAAAAUAAAACAACAACUGAAUAAAACAAGAAAAAGUAAUACAUAUAGGAAAAAUUUUAGACAAUAUAUAAGUUACCAAAUCACAGUCAGUCCAAAUUCGAAGUACACCCACACCCACCUGCACUCACACAGUCACCUUAGCAAAAGAGCAGGAGCGCCCCAGCAGUCUAGAACAAUGACGGGUUCUUUCAGUGUAAAACUAAAAUCCAAAAAAGGUCAAUUUAUUGUCAGUGAUCUGAACGAAAAUACAACGCUUGGAGAACUAAAAACGAGAAUAGCCCAGGCCACCGCUAUCCAGCCACCGCAAUUGCACGUCCUCGUGGGCUAUCCACCCAAACCAUUAGACCUCUCCCAGCAGAAGGAGCAGGAGAACCUCCAAACCGUGGGAAUUAACAGCGGGGAGACAUUGAUUGUAGAGGAGAAGGCGGCCGCCACUCCUGGUCCCGCUUCUGCGUCCGCUCCAGCUUCUACUGCCACUACAACAUUCGGGUCCACCAUGGAGGACGACGAGGCACUGGCGCGUCGCCUACAGGCAGAGGAGGAUGCAGAGCAGCUGCGACAAGAGGCUGCCUCUGGAGCUGCUGGCCCUCAGCAGGAUCGCCCGGUGGCACCCACGGAAAGCGGGCCGAACGGUGACUUCAACGGCAUUCUUUUGAAAAAGGUGGUCCCAGCGGAUAAUUCGUGCCUUUUCACCAGCAUCCGGUUCGUCUUGAACGGGAAGGUGGACAACGAAGGCAGCGAGAUGAUGCGCCAUAUAAUUGCCCAGGAAGUGGCCGCGGAUACUCAACAGUACAAUGACGCCGUACUGGGAAAGUCUAAUGCCGAGUACUGUUCCUGGAUCCAGAAGGCCGACUCUUGGGGUGGCGCCAUCGAGGUGUCUAUUCUGUCCAACUACUACGGCAUCGAGAUUGACGUGGUGGACAUCCAGAAUGCAAUAAUCAAUCGGUUCGGCGAGGAUAAGAACUUCGGACUGCGCGUCUUCCUGCUCUUUGACGGAAUCCACUACGACCCGCUCUACAUGGAGACUGCCCAGAGCACUGCCCCUGCCACCAUCUUUCCAGUGGAGGAAAUGGGGGUCUACCAUCAGGCAGAGCAGUUAGCCAACGAGGCCAAGUCAUCAAGACAGUUUACCAACGUGGACAAGUUCACACUGAGAUGUAUGCAAUGCGAUGUAAUGUUGGUGGGCCAACUUCAGGCCAAGCAUCACGCCGAGGAGACGGGUCACGACCAGUUUGGGGAGAUUUAAUACGUCCUGAUCGUCGGCACCAUCUACAUCGUGGCUUUUGUACUAUUCGCCUACUACCUGCUUACCACUUAGAGCGAGAGUUUAAUGGAUUUCCACGCCCAACGUACAAGCUGAAUCACACUACCUCCACUCCCCCACCCACGCCUAUGUUAUUUAAACAGCCUGUAAUUCAUUUUUAUCCCUUUUGGUUCCAAAUAAACUUCAUAUUAUCAUCCAA